AUGUCGCCCGAUCCUGAGAAGCCGAAAAAGGCACCGAGGAAGCACGUCACAACGGCCUGCGUACCUUGUCGUGAGAGUAAAAUCCGAUGUGACGGGUCUACGCCAUAUUGCCAAAAUUGCCAACGCAAGGGCAAAGAUUGCAAGUACCAGCAUGGCGAUGACAAACGGAAGGUAUCUCUCCGAGCUGCUACUGAGCUUUUCUCGGCGAGAAUAGAUCAAUUAUGCCAGUUUAUCCAUGACCAAGGACUGGAGCCCCCACCCAUGGAUCCAGAGGAUGAGGCUGGCAUGGAUAGGGUGCUUGACACUCUUCAAAUCCCGCGUGGGGUCAUAAAAAGCAAAGAUACAAUGGCGAUCGAAGAGCAGGAAGUUGAGACCAAGCAACCUAUCAUCUCAAGCACAUCUCCCGUGCAAAGCUCACCUGCCUCGACCCCUAUUGGACAGACGCAGUCAGGAAAUGAUUCAGCCACCCCGGAAUCAAAUGCAUCGCAGGGAAUGGUACCAAACCAACAACUAGCAACCUCCGUGGAGCCUUGGAACCAGUUUGACAUGGUACGGGCCGCACCUGAAAACCAGAACUUCGUCCACUGGGGAUUUACGCUUCCAACGGCUGAAAGUCUUGAUACCAUCUACGCAAAUAUCAACAAUGGAUCGGGAAUGCAUUUAAACACUGGUCUGAGUCCAGAUAGCUUGCAGAUUGGUAUGGACAUGGCCCAACAACCUGGGGUCUUACUGGGCCAGCUGCCAAUGGAGCAACACCAAGAGUCCGACAGCGACGAGGAAAACGAGGCGGAAAACGACGUUAUUGAACAGCUAUCUAAUCGAAUUGGUACAUUGAAAAUCGCAGGAGACGGCCAUUUGAGAUUCUACGGCGCUACCUCCAACCUCAACCUGGUGGACGUUUCUGCUACACAACAACGUCAGAGACCAGAUGCUCGCACUGUGCGUCACGAUGGUCAAGAUAUUCUCAAUCAUCUUCGGGUUGGCCAACCAGUUGAUCAGGCCUUAGAGGAUCACCUGGUCGAGCUCUACUUUACUUGGCAGAAUCCUAGCAUCUAUGUGGUUGAUAAGGAAAUGUACAUGACUGCGCGGUCAAAGUGGCGCAACGAAUUUGACGACACACCUUUCUAUUCGGAGGUGCUGACCAAUGCUAUGUGCGCUAUCGGUAGUGCAUUUGAGGCGCGUUAUCAUCCUACAUUCAUCACAUUCCCAAAGUCCUUAGCCGAGUUCUUCGCCGAUCGAGCCAAGGCGCUUUUGGAGAUUGAACUUGAUUCUCCCUGUGUUGCAACUGUUCAAGCCCUUGUGCUUAUGAGCUGUCAUGAGGGAGCAUCGAAUCGCGAUGCGCGAGGCUGGCUGUACAGUGGCAUGUCAAUGCGAUUGGCCUUUGAUCUUGGUUUACAUAUUGAUAUGAGGCUAUACGUCAAGCAAGGAGAUAUCAGCCAGCGUGAGGCUGAUGUGCGACGGGCAGCAUUUUGGGGAAGUUAUGUUGCAGACCAUUUCUGGGGAUUCUAUCUUGGUCGUCCAUUCCGUAUGAAUGCAGGAGACGUCAGUGUGCCCAAGCCUGCAUCAGGUCUUGGCCCUGAGAAGGAGACGAUUUGGAAGCCUUAUGGCCUUCAAGAUAAAGAGAUAGAUUGUAGCUUGAAGGACCCCACGGAGCUUGUUUGCAGACAGUUUGUUGUUCUAUGGGAGAUGAUUUCUCCAGUCGGGCAUAUAUUAUACGGAUGCUCAGACAUAUCUCGCCAUGAUUUGCAAAGACUAUGCUUCCAAGUCACAGAAGAUCUAUUCGCUUGGAAAGCCAACCUUCCCUCAAAUCUCGAGAUUGACUUGAGCGACAAUACCACUCCGAUACUCCCUCAUCUGCUUGUCCUCCAUAUGCAAUACCACCAGAUUGUCAUUUUCUUCCAUCGUCCCUGGGUCUCAAAAAGCUACAUUCAACCCCGCAGUCCUCGCCAAGGACCUGGCUAUCACCACGCACGACGCAUGUGCAUUGAAUCAGCUACAGCCAUCGCACGACUUUUACAGAUAUACGAGAAGCACUACACCUUCAGAAGAAUGACCAACCAGGUCGUGGCCAUCAUUUUCAGCGCCGCACUUAUGCUACUCUUCGUCACUGUCUCCAGCUCUCCGCUAAUGCCCACCAAAGUUGGCGAGACCAAUCAACCUCACCCCCGAAACGCUGAAAUGGUCGCAUAUCUCAAUCUUUGCUUCCGCGCACUUGACGAGCUCGGCCAAUCAUUUGAAAAUGCCAAGCGAACCCGCGACUACCUCGUUACCCUUCAACGACGCUGGCAAACUCACAUGCGUCGCUCUGGUUCCCGUGCCAAGCGACAAAUCAGUAGUGGAAACCUAUUAUCAAAUUCUGCACAAAAAGCAUCUGCCAAUUCAGCACAUACCACACAGGGCCCAGAGGCUUCGCGCAAGAAGUCUCGAGUAACCAACACCGAUGUACACUCCCAUAACAUUCGACAAAAUUCCACUUCAAACGUCAAUCCCGCUACCUUUGCUGAUAAUUCAUCAUACCAACCCACACAACCAUCCACAUCUCAUCAGAAUGUCUACGCUCAGCAACCUUUCUCGGCACAACAACAAGACGAUUUUGACUGGGUUCGAAACUCUGAUUUGAACAUCUUGCCUGGAAGUCAUGGCUUCGGUGCUGAUCAAAAUUCCUUGGGCAGUAUAGCCGCACCGCAUUUCUCGGGUGAUCCGAGCAUGCUUCCAGAUCUAGGAGAUAUGGAGGGCUGGUGGGGAUCGCCCAAUGGGAGCUCAGGAUUAGGAGGACCGAAAUUAUAA